GAAGAUUUUUUCGUCCUCGAAGUUUGGUAUAUUAUUUGGGCAACAGGAAGAACUUUGGGCUGUUGCGUAAAUUGUGGAAACAGGAACAAUAUUAUUUUUCACAUUAUGCAUAUAUGGAGUGCAGAAGUUCAUUAUAGCAAAUCGAAGAGCAGUUGAAAGAAAGCUAAUAGACAGCAUCUUUGUAUAGUUUAGAGAUAAAGCUUACUACUGAAAGUGUAUUUGGAAGUCAUAGUAUUGUAAAUACUUUCUCAUUUUCGAGGGAAUAGCCAGUAACCCUGUCUUCACAUAGCAAAGGACAAAAUGUUAUAAUUUAAAUAAAAAGACAACAAUUUCGCCAAAAAUCUCAAAUGUACCGAGUCAUAGUAUCACCACCUCAUUACAAAUUUGAGAGAACUGGCAUCAACAAUAUCAUGUUGCCUUUCGCCGUUAAAUCACGACCUACUUAAAAUUACUAGGUGCUUAUUUGAUAUAUUUCUAUUUGCGGAUCGCAGAUUGACAAAUGAGAAGGAAGAAAGCGCAUCUAGCAAUAUAGUCGUAUAUGACUUUAAACGUAUUUCCCACUGUACUAUAGUAUUGGUGUAUCCCUUGCGAUUUAAUUGCAAUAGUUAAUUGGUUUCUGUAUACAGAGGAUUCGUAGCAAUUAAUUGUUAUGAACAUGAAGACGGUAUCUGUGAUGACAGUUUCGAUGGUUAUAUUUGUUUGUCUAAUGAAAAUAGCCAAAGCACUGAGAUGUUACGAGUGCGUAAACGCGGCAAGUGAAAGUGAAUGUAGCUGGAAAACUAGGACAUGUGAAGUCGAUCAGGAAAUGUGUUAUACCGAAAUUCGUAAUUACGGUGACAGAGUAUCGAUCACGAAAUCCUGUUAUCAGGGAAAGGCUUGUGCUAUACUUGCUUCUCAAAACUCACACGAGUGUCCGAGAGUUUGUUCUCUUUGUUGCGAGGGAAAUUUGUGCAACAAAAAAGGACCUUCGGCUUGUGGAUGUAACUUAGUUUCGGUUUCGCAACUACCAACGACGACAGUGCCAAGGACAACAAGAAGAAAAAGGAAAAAACCAACCCGCCGAACUCCCACAAGAACGAGAACAACUAAAAGGCCAAAAACAUGUGAAGAGUCCUCAUUUGUGCCCAUUCCGGAAACAUCUGGGCAUCUGGAGUGUGGCACUGCAGAAAAAUCGGACUACAAUAUAUGUUCUCUUUCUUCUGAACAAGUAAUUAACAAAGGUCUCAUUCGGUAUCUCCACUUGAGCAUAUCCGACCAAAGCACUUCAUUCAAAACCUAUCAUCAGUGUAGAUAUAGCAUAGAUGGAGCCAGUUUAUCAACCACAAGCGAAGACUUUGACGAUCCUAAUAAACCUAUCAAUUUGGUGUGUAUCAACAUGACAUCAUCUGAAAUCAGUGUCCCAGCCGACGCGAAUAUUAAGAAGAGUGCUGAAACGAAAUCAGAUGAGAAUCAAGAAAAGCAAUUCGAAUGCUUUGUCGACGAUAUGUCCGUGAUGACGAUGUUCAAUGAAAGUAUGUUACAUGAUUAUGGAUCAGCAGAAAACGUUGAUCAUGCUGAAACAGAAAAUCUGAAAGCUAUAAUGGAGCUGCGUAAAAUAUGUCAGAGUAGGAUAUUUUCGGUUCAAUGCUACAUUGCACAGAAGCCUCCCACAACAAUUCUUGUUACAACGCAGAAACUGACCACGAAGCCGAAUGAAACGACAAUAUAUGUUUCAUCAACUGUACAGGCAACAACACAAGUCAAUCAAACUAGCGCAGUGGCCAUUACUGCAAAAAUUCAAGCCGCUGCCGUUCCUACUUGGGGCAUAUCGAUGAUUGCUGUGGGCGGGGCACUGCUCGGAAUAUUUUUACUUGUAGUGCUUUUAAGACAGUGUGGCAAAUCGGGAUUUUAUCGCAUACAUAUGAGGAAAAAGAAGAAAGUAUCCCCGAAACACAAAGUAAACGCGUGAAUACGUUGAAAUAUUAUUAUUUUGAAAUGCCUCAAUAUUUUAACUCUGAAGUCGAUUGCUUGAUGUGUGAAGUCAUGGUAACACGGCACCACGUACAAAUAUACGUCACCACAUAAGUUGCCUAUCAACAAAGAAGUUCGGUGCUCAGCAGACUCUUUUUCUUAAUAAAAAUUAUCAUUUCUUUUUAUUCGAUGGCAAUAAAAUAGUAAAUCACAAAGGA